GCCAUUUGUAUCGAUCAAGAGAACCUCAAGCAGAGAAAUCACCAGAUGGCUUAGAUGAAGACAUUUAAUCCAAGGUACUGCCUGAUUUCACAUAUUCCGACUUGAGAGGUUUAAAUCGCCUUCGUUGGAGGCGUCUCGAGUGGCGCUCUGGCCGGGUCGUGCAUCCGCCAAUAGCAAACUGGCCAUCAAAAGAAUCACGACUGUUCCCGAGACUCAAGAGAAAGGCCUCCAGCCGUUGUACUCGCUGUUUCCCUCGGGAUUGAACUGAGCAAGAAUUCCGCCAAGAAAAUGACUGAGGUGGCUUUCUCCAAUUUGCAACAGCAAUUCCCAGCUCCCCUACAUCUAACCCAUCUUCGCCCACAAGUCCCGCCCAUCUGGGCAAUGCUUCCCCUCCAAUGCAUAACACCGCCCUCUCAGCAGCCACAAUUCCCGACAUAUACUCUGCAGACCGCGGAACUUCCUCAGCCUCACUCCUUUAGAUCUUCUUCCAUCAUAUGUCUCCGCUCCAAAACUUCCACCUCGGGGUCGAAUCCUGGCUCCUCUCCGAUAGCAGGAGAGGCAUCCUCCUGCACAUAGCAGUACCCCUAUUUCUGUCACAUAAGGAGAAAUUUCGACCGGCUACCUCCCCAUCCGUGUCUUCGUCAUCAACGCGGAAGGCUACCUUGCUGAUAUCUACCAAACAACCUGGGGAGGUUGAUGGACAAACGGUUCGUUGUCCCAAAGCAUGGUUUUAUAUAGACUGCUUUUCAC